AUAACUCCUCCAUCCCUCAGACAAACACACUCUCUCUGGAAUGGGACUCGAGGAUUGUUCUCCCGUGGCGGCGGCGGCGGCGGCGGAGCGGCGGAGCCACAGACCCUGCAGGACGUCGCCAAGAGCGUCCGAGAGCAGCGGUACAAGAGGGUGGUGGUGAUGGCGGGAGCUGGGAUCAGCACGCCGAGCGGCAUCCCAGAUUUCAGGUCUCCCGGCAGCGGCCUCUACGACAACCUGCAGCAGUACGACCUGCCUUACGCCGAGGCCAUAUUCGAGAUCGGCUUUUUCCAUCGAAACCCGAAUCCCUUCUUCGCCCUGGCCAGAGAGCUGUAUCCGGGGAACUACCGGCCCAACCGCACACAUUAUUUCGUGCGGCUGCUGCACAGGAAGGGGCAGCUUCUCCGCAUGUACACGCAGAACAUCGACGGGCUGGAGAGAUUGGCAGGGAUUCCUCCUGAGAUGUUGGUGGAGGCACACGGCACAUUCGCCACCGCCACCUGCACCGUGUGCCUGAGGAAGUGCGAGGGAGAGGAGCUCAGACCGGAUGUGAUGAGCGGGACGGUCCCGAAGUGUCCCACCUGUAAGGGCGUGGUGAAGCCGGACAUCGUGUUUUUCGGGGAGGAGCUUCCACGUCACUUCUUCAAGUACCUGACAGACUUCCCGCUGGCAGACCUGCUGAUCGUCAUGGGAACCUCGCUGGAGGUGGAGCCCUUCGCCAGUCUGGCAGGAGCUGUGCGGAGCUCCGUCCCCCGUCUGCUCAUCAACAGGGACCUGGUGGGGCCGUUCGCGUGGAGCCGGCGGCCUCAUGACGUCGUGCAGCUGGGUGACGUGGUCAGCGGUGUGCAAGCUCUGGUCGAUGCCCUCGGCUGGACUCAGGAACUGGAAGAUCUGAUGGCGGCCGGCGCUCAGAAAGCUGCAACAAAGACAGAAGAGUGACCUUUUCCCCACAUCAGGCUGGAGGUUUGACCUUAUUCACUGCGCUCAGUAACAACAACAACAACACUGCAGAGCUGCAUCCAGCACGCCGUUGUACAGAGGUUCAUGUACUAACACUGGGAUUAGUGGGAAUACUGGGAAACUCACAGAUAAGACUACACUGGAAAUGUUGUAUAACAAAUGUUUCUCAGUCAAAUAUCAGUGAAUAAGGUAAGUGACACGUGGCAGAGAAAUCUAAUCAGGUGUUUUAUUGUCACAACAAAAAGAAAAUGUAAAAAAUAGUUGCUUUUGUUGAGCUUUCUGUACAGUAAAGGUAUGUUUGAGAUUAUAUUUUAUUUAUUAACCUCUAACUUCUUAGAAUUAUGCCUAAGAAAUGCAAUGUCAAUGCAAUGUGAUGAUGGCUUUUGUUUGUAUGAAGAAGUCAUUUAAUUCGGCUGUAAAUCACGGGUUUAGUGAAAUUAAAAGUCAAAAUGUAUAAAUAUUUAAGACUAAAGUAAAUAAAGAAAAAUAAGAAUGUUGUUUUAGCUUUUAACACUUUUUCAGAGAAAGAUCUGAGGAAGACUGAGAGCAGCUGAUCAUUGUGUUUAUGUUCAUUAACACAUGCUCACGUUUCAUGCUGAAUGUCAGUGUUGGGAAAUGUUGCAGAUGUAAAUCUCUAAAACAGACCACAAAGGUAUAAUCUUUUUUUUUUUAAAGGUUCAGUAACUUCUUAAAACAGGAGGAAAUAGUGCUUUAGUUGGGGACUAUUUUCACGGGCGGAUGUGGGACUGAGUCUAAAUAAACUUCAGUGGGUUCGUGGUGAUGAAGGAAGAUGUCACCCAGGGCAACAGUGUGGCUCAUUUCUGUGUCUUUAAUAGUUUUUGGACAAUACAGGAACUCUAUGGCUCAGAGGAGAAGAUAGAUCAGACUGUGAUACACACAGUACUUGAUAGUGUGAUCGGUUUUAUUAUUGAUCUUUUAAAUGGGAUUUGGUGACAAUAAGAAGAGCUGACUUCUCUAACGAAAUGAAGAGUUAUUACCUUCACUUUAAAACAUUAAUGUGUUCUUUUAACCAACAGAGGGAGCCAGAGGACAACCUGUAGUGUGACGGGCUCUGCUUUAAAUGAUCCUUUAAGUGGUUGUUUUUAUAAUGAUACUUGAAGCUAAAACAGAGUUUAAGUAUUAGGUCAGCGUCCAAUAAAGUGAAUCUGUAAUAUGUUUGACAAUAAAACUGAAUCAGAGUCACAAACGUCAGCAGAACUGAAACUCAUCAAGUCUAAAGCAUAAUCACGUUUCCCUCACAAUUCAAACUACAUUAAUACUACACACUCAGAAACACACAUUUAUAUAAAUAAUUGAGGCUGCACAAUUAAUUGAAAUAUUAUCAAACUCACAAUAAGUGUAAUAUGCAAUCCUCGAAGAAGAAGAAGUGUGACAAACAGCGUUUAUAAUGAAGUACUGUAGUUCUGAAGAGAUGCCCUGACCUGAAAAAACGUGUUCUCCAGAUAUAAGAAAACAUGUUUGUUCGGUACAGACCACAAAAGAUAUCACAUUAUUAAGAAUUUAAAUAGGUUUUAUUCUGUGAAAGUUCCAUUUGUGAUGCAAAAAUAAUAAUUUAAUCACAUUUUAGUCAAAUAAAAUAAAAAAUAACAUUAAAAUAACAUGAUGUGUGUGUAUAUAUGUAAAUAUAUGAUGUUUUUACUAUAUCGUGCAGCCCUGUUUAGUACGGCUCCUCGAUGUCCAUCCCUGUCUGCUGGUCGUGUUCACAUUUAGCCGAG